CAAUGAUCACCACGGAUGCAAGUCCUAAGAGAUGACCUCCCUGCGCCUCGACCGCAGCAUCACUGCAGCCACUCUCUCGGCUCCCGUCCGCGAAGAAGCAAGCAUGGUCUGGCCGGCUCCGCCGUGUUUUCCCAGUGCGCAUGCGUGCGCAUACGCACGCACGCUCCAAUCCCAACCAAUCGAUGCGCACGUCGGCGUCUCGUUCACCACAGGGGCGGGGCGACCUUCUACACAUGCGCACGGUGGGGCGGGCCUUCUUUCUUCUCGCCGAACGCCGCCAACAUGGUGUUCAGGCGCUUCGUGGAGGUUGGCCGGGUGGCCUAUGUCUCCUUUGGCCCUCAUGCCGGGAAGCUGGUCGCGAUUGUAGAUGUUAUUGAUCAGAACAGGGCUUUGGUUGAUGGACCUUGCACUCAGGUAAGGAGACAAGCUAUGCCUUUCAAAUGCAUGCAGCUCACUGACUUCAUCCUCAAGUUCCCACACAGUGCCCGCCAGAAGUAUGUUCGAAAAGCCUGGGAGAAGGCAGAUAUCAAUACAAAAUGGGCAGCUACAAGAUGGGCCAAGAAGAUUGAAGCCAGAGAAAGGAAAGCCAAGAUGACAGAUUUUGAUCGUUAUAAAGUCAUGAAGGCAAAGAAAAUGAGGAACAGAAUAAUCAAGCUUGAAGUUAGGAAGCUUCAAAAGGCAGCUCUCCUGAAAGCUUCUCCCAAAAAGGCGCCUGCUGCUAAGGGUGCAGCUGGAACAGCUGCAAAGGUUCCAGCAAAAAAGACGACCACUGCGGGCAAGAAGGCUCCAGCCCAGAAGGUUCCUGCCCAGAAAGCUGCAGGCCAGAAGGCAGCACCUCCAAAAGCUCAGAAGGGUCAGAAAGCUCCAGCCCAGAAAGCACCUGCUCCAAAGGCAUCUGGCAAGAAAGCAUAAGGGGCUGUUAGAAAAAUAAUAAAGGUUCUUUUUGACAUGC